AACGUCUUUUGCAGGCAACUUGGCUUCACUCGCGCUCUACGAGCAUACAGCAGUGCCACCCAUGGUCAAGGAACUGGUCCAAUUUGGAUGGAUGACGUGGCAUGCUCAGGGAGUGAGGCCCAUAUGCAUGAAUGCAGACACCGUGGAUGGGGCAACCAUGACUGCACUCACAGCCGAGAUGCCAGUGUAAGGUGCUCCUAUGGAUCAUCUGUCGUUCGUCUGGCGGACGGAGGUCUUCACUUUGGUCGUGUUGAAGUGUACGUCUACGGACAGUGGGGAACGGUGUGUGACGACUACUGGGAUAUGAGAGAGGCGGACGUGGUUUGUCGCCAGUUGGGCUUCACCGGUGCAACCUCCCCUACUUACUACGCAAUAUUUGGCCGUGGUUCUGGCCCUAUCUGGAUGGACCACAUCAGCUGUGGAGGAGGAGAGUCCUCGCUUCUGAGCUGCGGUCACCUUGGAUGGGGAAAUCACCACUGCAGCCAUUGGGAGGAUGCAGGAGUGGUCUGUAGCAUCUAGAUGACUUGGAACGAAACGGAAACUUUCUUUCCACAUUCCUUUCUUUUUUUGCAUGGGAAUUUAGAAAAUUAGAUUUCUUUAUGAUCGGUGAAAUUAUAAUUACGUCACACUCAACCUGAGAUGGCUCAACUCGAAUCGCUGAUUAAACAUUUUCAACACCAUGAUUUACAGGAUAGAAACACCGUAUGAUUACUUAUUAAUAAUAUAAACAUGAAAAAAUUUGCGCGGAGCAAGUGCCG